ACCUGACCAAAAAACGCUUGCACGACGACCGCGACGAUGACCGAGAUUCACGACCAGUUUGAUACGAUUCUUAUCCUCGACUUUGGCUCACAGUACAGCCAUCUCAUUACGAGGAGAUGUCGUGAGCUCAAGGUCUACGCUGAGCUGAUGCCAUGCACCCAGAAGAUCAAGGAUUUGAAUUUCAAGCCCAAGGGUGUCGUUCUUUCUGGCUCGCCGUACUCUGUCUAUGAUUCGGAUGCUCCUCACGUUGACCCUGCAGUGUUUGAGCUGGGUGUUCCCGUUCUCGGUAUUUGCUAUGGUCUCCAGGAGAUGGCCUGGAAUAUGGGGGGCGCUGUUUCGAAAUGCGAUCACCGGGAAUAUGGUUUUGCUCAGCUGCAAGUCGUGAAGUUUGAGGGCGAGGCCCAGUCCAGCGGCUCCAUUGUGGAUGCCCUCUUCGAGGGAUUGGGCGAUGAGAUGCAGGUUUGGAUGUCGCAUGGAGACCAGCUCUCGUCUCUGCCGUCAGACUUCCAUGUCAUCGGUCGCACUCAGACUGCCCCCUUUGCCGCCGUCACUCACAACUCAAAGCCAUUCUACGGCAUUCAGUUCCAUGCAGAGGUCACGCACUCGAAACGAGGAAAGGAGGUUAUCGGCCGUUUCGUCCUUAACAUUUGCCAGUGCCAGCCUCACUGGACCAUGGAAGAGUUCAUUGGCAAGGAAAUUUCCCGGAUACGAGAAAUCUGUGGGCUAAAGGGUCGUGUCAUCGGCGCGGUCAGCGGUGGUGUGGACAGCACCGUUGCUGCCAAGCUCAUGCACGAGGCAAUUGGCGAUCGCUUCCAUGCCAUCAUGGUCGACAACGGCGUCCUGCGUCUGAAUGAGGCUGCUCAGGUCCACAAGAUGCUUUCCGAGGACCUCGGUGUCAAGCUGACAGUCGUCGAUGCCUCGGAGGAGUUCUUGGGCAAGCUCAAGGACGUCGAGGACCCCGAGCAGAAGCGUAAGAUCAUCGGCAACACCUUCAUACACGUCUUCGAGCGUGAGGCUACGCGGAUCGAAAAGGAAGCUGAGGAGGAGGAGCUUAAGGGUGCUGAGAAGAAGGGCCGUGUCGAAUGGCUGCUCCAGGGCACGCUCUACCCUGAUGUCAUCGAGAGCAUCAGCUUCAAGGGUCCCAGCGCGACCAUCAAGACGCAUCACAACGUCGGCGGUCUGCUCAAGGACAUGAAGCUCAAGCUUAUCGAGCCCCUGCGCGAGCUGUUCAAGGACGAGGUCCGCGCGCUCGGCCGUCUGCUUGGCAUCCCUGCACAUCUCGUCCAGCGCCACCCCUUCCCGGGCCCCGGUCUUGCGAUCCGCAUCCUCGGCCCCGUCACGCUAGAACAGGUGCAGAUUCUGCAGAAGGCGGAUGACAUCUACAUCUCUGAAAUCCGGAAGGCAGGCCUCUACGAUGAGAUCAGCCAGGCGUUCGCCGUCCUCUUACCCGUCAAGGCGGUCGGCGUCAUGGGCGACAAGCGGACGUAUGAGCAAGUCAUCGCGCUCCGCGCGGUCCAGUCAGAGGAUUUUAUGACCGCGGACUGGUACUGCUUCCCCACCGACGUCCUCCGCAGGAUAUCGUCGCGUAUCACAAACGAGGUCGCGGGCGUCAAUCGUAUUACUUACGACAUUUCAUCCAAGCCGCCAGCUACCGUCGAAUGGCUUUGAGCUACUAAAAACGUAUUACCAGAAUAGUGAUCUGGCUGAUUGGGUAAUGCGUGUAAGCUGCUUGGCAUUAGACCGGUAUGCAGUGAAUUUUCAAUGAAUCUCUCCCUAGAGUUGAGUGCACAUGUGCAGUGCUUAGUGCCACGUACAGAAGGCUUUAUGUCCUAACCCUCCUUGCUGCAUUGCACUUGCAUGAUCAAUAUGAACAGCUGCCACGCAGAUGCUUUACCGCC